UAUUGUAUUUCAUUUGGUCAAGAUGGAAAUUUUAAAUCUGGUCUUACUGGCAGUGUGCAUCGGCAUCUGUCAUGCCACGGAAAAUAAUUUUCUAGGAGACCUGCCAUUGGAAAAUCCGGAUCUCAUAGAAGGAGACAUUCUUCCAAUAGAUGACUCAAAUGACAGAAAUGCUAUUGUUAAUACAGGACAACUAUGGCCAGGAGGAGUAGUGCCAUACGUACAUGAGCCAGGCUUGAUUUCCUACCAAACCAUUCAUCCUGCUCUUUGGGCAGUAGCAGUAAGUAUGUUUGAAAAGAACACCUGUGUCCGUUUUGUGCCGAGAACUAAUGAGAAGGAUUAUGUCAGGAUAUUCCUUGGACAAGGGUGUUACUCUCACGUCGGUAAAACGGGAGGUGCACAGCCACUUUCUCUUGGUAAAGGAUGUAAUUUUAUGGGCACAGUCACACAUGAGCUCACCCAUGCACUCGGAUUCUAUCAUGAACAGAACAGAUCUGAUCGAGAUGAUUACAUUGAUAUUCACUGGGAAAACAUAAAAGAAGGAAUGGAGGACCAAUUCAUGAAAUUGAAACCUCAUCAAAAUCAACUGUUGACGCCGUUCGAUUAUGAUUCUAUUAUGCUGUAUGGGUCUUAUACCUUUUCCAAAGAUCGCAAGAAUAAGCUCAUGACCAUGACGGGUAAAGGCAAUAAGUAUCUACAAGAAGUGGUCCAUAAGUACUUCAUGAGCAAGAGUGAUUUUUUGAGAAUAAACAAGUUAUAUAAUUGCACUGAACAUUUAAAGAAAAUGUAAAAUUUAAAUGUAUCUUAAUUUGUUGUGUACAUUUUGCUAAAUUAAAUUUUGGGGAAAUAAACUCUGAGAAUGUUUUUA